AUGGCAAUAAUUGUAUUGGCAGCAAUUUUGGUAUUAUCUCAGGGGAUCCAAAGCCAGGAUAAUAUAUCCUUGGAUCCACUAGAGAAGCUUAACGAUGUCGUCACUUCUCGUCUAAAAGAGCGCCUUAAAGAAGUCACUUCUGCUGAUUUUUCUGGCCAAUAUAAAAGACUUGAACAAGCUGCUGAUCUUCCGCUUUUCCAACUGGAUGAAAAAAUAAUGGCAUAUAAUGAGCUCAAUCUUCUCCAGCGGGCGGACAUCUCCUCGGGUUCAACUAGCGAGCCAGUGAUCCGGAAUGGAACCUCUUCCGAGGAGGGACCAGCAUUGCGCCAGACAUACACCCAAUUCGAAAAGCAAAUCCUUAGACUCCUUAGGAGGCUUGGCAUUUACGAUGGGUUCACUGUUCGCGUAUUCAAGGCAAUCUUUAGCGAUGAAGAGCAGCUAAAAAAGCUUAAGAAGAAGCUGGACGAGUUGGGAAAGAAGGAUAAGGACACGGACAAGGAUAACGACAAGGAUUUAUUGUGGGCCCAUAUCAUCGAUUUGUUUUAA